UAGUAUAAAUAGCACCGCCCUUUAACCCAUCUAUGCACAAACUCUACUCAAACAUACUGUAGCAAUGGCCUUCUCCAUUAAGCUUCUCAUUGUCCCCUUUCUCUUAUCUCUUCUUCUUGUUCUCACUUUUGCUGAGGCUGAUGAUCAUCACCAAACUGUCACCUCAAAUUUAGCAGCAACUUCGUAUAAUACAUCACCAAAAAUAGACUGCGGCGGCGCUUGCAAGGCCAGGUGUCAGUUAUCGUCAAGGCCACGACUAUGCAACAGGGCAUGUGGGACUUGCUGCGCACGAUGCAGCUGUGUUCCUCCUGGGACCGCCGGUAACUAUGAGGCCUGCUCUUGCUAUGCCAGCUUGACCACUCAUGGUGGCCGGCGCAAGUGUCCUUAAUUAUAAGCUUAAUCGUCUUUUAGUUUGUUAUUUAUACUGUUUAUUUUCUAAGUAAAUAUUGAUGUAAACGAUCCUGUUCUGGUUUAAUAUAUGUACACUUCCUUAUGUGGAAUAAAGAUUGAAUAUCAUGGCUUGCUAGCUA